AUGACUGACAUCACGAAAUUCGAGCAAUUCGGCAUAAACACUUUCUAUAAUGAUAUCCCAAUACUUGAUAAUGCCAAUGACUGGUUUAAGUGGAACCAGAAAGUCAAUGGGUUCAUUCGAAUAUCCGCUGUUGCCGACGAUGGAAUGACUCCGCCGAUCGAAGAAGAUGAAGCACGACAAUGGACUCAUCGCCAGAAAUUCUACUCUGCGAUGAUCAUGGCAAAGUUGACACAUAACGCAGCGCAGAGGAUCAAUGCUUUCGAGAUUUCUCGAGUCCAUUUACUCAUUAAAGCUGUAAAGGACAACUUCAAACCAGAAGGUACUGGCACAUACGUCAAUCUCCAGCGGCGGCUUAUGUCCCUCACAAGAGAAAAGUGCGGAAGUGCCCAAGCCCUUGGAGCUGAGAUCAGGAAGAUCCAUGCUGAAAAACUCCUUCUCGACCCUGACUGCGUAACAUCCGAAAUCGAGCGUACCUACUUCUUCAUGCACGCGCUAGGAUCUGAGUACGAAAGUUUCCGUGAUCAUAUAUUUAGGCAGAUGGACCUUGUUAAUGAAAGGGACGAAAAUGGAAACAUCACCAAAGCGGCACCAACAUUCGACUACAUUGAAAACAAGGCAAUCGAGGAAGAGCAUAGAAAGGGGCAGCUGCGCAAACAACCAACAGAAGUGCAGGCACUUCCUGCUCUCGCUAUAAUCCGAGGACCAGGUGACAAGAAAGUCAUACCGUCAUCCGACGGAACGACAUGUCGAAUCGAGAUCGAUAACGUUCCAUGUUGCUCAUUCUGCCGGAAACCUUAUCACAUAGACUCUGAAUGCUUCAGCAAGAAUCCAAGACUGAAGGAUCGGAAGAAAGAAGGAAAGGGCCAAAGAUCAAAGACAGGCAACUCAAACACAGGCACACGCCAGCCGUUGAAGAGGCGGCCCUCCACGGAUGACGAAGAUGAUGAUGCGGGUGGCCCAAGGGAUCCAAAGAAGCCCACCUUCAUGGCGACUAAGGCCUCCGGAGAAGAUGUCAAUAAAGCAUUCGGAAAGGACGUUGAAGGCAACCUUAUCCUGUUCGACUAUAUUCCCUCAAUGAUGGCUACAAAAACCCUGUCGAUCCGUGACGCGUGA